AUGGUUCCAUCUUCUUCGUCGCAGCGGUCGUCGCGUGAAGAUACAUUAUCCAUUACUAUGUCUUCCGCAACACCAGCCACAGAGUUCUCAAUACCAGCAGACGCGAACGAUCGUCCAGCCCUUUGGACCCCAGACGACAGGCCCGGUCAAAAAGGCACGUUCGACCGCCACAGGAGAAAGCGUCGUCUAGCCAGUAGUAUUCGCUUGAACGCGGCGGGUCUCCGAGACGUUCUUCUUUUCAUGCAUGAGAAUCGCGUGGGGAACAACAUCUCUUGGACAGACGAGUUUGUGUUCAAGUUUGUCCCGAAGACAUUCGAAGGGGCCACUGUUACCAAAAGUGUAGCUGCAAGCGUGUUGAGAGAUUCCAUCGCUCCUUCGUGCUUCGCAAUUUUUCCUUCAGCUCAUACAGAGUCUAUUGGGCUCACUGGAUCCCCAGAGCGCUUAGUCCAUGAGAUAUAUUGGGACGGAGCAGAACCUGUUGUUCCCCCAGAAUUACGAGACUUGCCAAUUCUAGUUUUGAUUCAGCGGAAACCAAGCAAUAUACAACUCGAGAGCGUGCAAGCAGACUGGGUGCUUGAAAAUCUUGGCCCGCGGAGGCUCGUGAUAGCCACCGCUGGACAUGUCGUGGAUGAUGCCCCUUGUAUAAAAGUCGAAGAUUCUGAGAGUGCCAACACUUACAUGUUGCAGAUCGUUCGUCAGUUUGAACGAAUAGCAGGGACACCACAGUUUAGACGCGGGAAACCUUACAACCCUCGACCGCACACAUUGUGUCUCCUUGACACUACUGAAGUACCCCCCGAUGCCUUACAAUUGAGAUUCGAAAAUAUCAAUUGUAAUUAUUUUAAUCCCGACCCUGACGUUACAGACGAUCCGGAAUUGGUCGCCCGAGAUCCCAAGCUAGGCGAUAUAACAGCACUUCAAGAAUAUGUUCGGAUAAACCCCUUCCAGGUUUAUAAAUAUGGCGCAGCAACCUCAUAUACCGAGGGUACGCUUUUCCAAGUCAGUCGUGAUAAUACAGAAGAUUAUCUCUACAGUCUCUAUGUUAAGUGGGAGUCUCUUGCGCAACCCUUCGCAGAAGGCGGUGAUUCUGGAAGUUUGGUUUUUGCACGGGGAGAGGGGAAAAUCAUCCCCUUGGGCAUACACUGCGGUUCUGAAGAUGGUAUCAGCAUUUCUUUAUCUUUGUAUUCAUAUUGCGAAUAA